GUCAUGGCAGCUUGAGGCUGUGCAGCCUCCGUUGCUCCUCCGUAAAUUCCCUCGCCUCCGCCGUCUAAACACAAAGGUGGAGAUACAAAAUUUCGCCGACCAUGAUCGCAGCAUCCGCGACCUCCAAGUGGACGCUAUCUGCCACAACUGUUAUAUCAGCACUAGUCAUUUUUUACGCCAUAUACUACAAGCGGCAAGCCGAUGAUGAUCUACGCCAGCGCCUGCAGCUGAUACUGGACGGACUGCUCAAAGCCGAGAGCCAGGUGUCCGUGGCUCCCAAGACUCGCAUCGCGAUCGGUUUCGGAUCCUGCCAGGACCUGAUCGUCCAGAGUUCGGAACUGUUCGCGCACAUUGAGCCUCCUGACGAUCCCGAACACAUCGAUGUCAUCCACAGCGAGAGGGACCUUCAGCGCGUCUUCGCCUACUACUUCCGGCAUGGGGCAGCGGCCGAGCGCUUUGUUUCCAACGCGACACUAUUCGCCGAGCUCGUCAAGGCGGCGAAGAGCGCCGACAGCGCAGAGUUUCACAUCGGAGGCAACGCACCGCUGAUGGCGAGGCGGUUCGCCUACGAAGGCUGCGAGGUGCUGCUUGGUGCCCACAUGUCGCCCAAGUUGCGUGCCGAGCUGCCCGAGGGCAUCGUCGUGGCUGGGCCAGAAGUCACCGAUGACGAGGUGCACCUGCUGCUCGAGUAUCCCGCCGGCGAACGGUGGGGCCAUCUUCACUCACCACGUGCCAACAGGUUUAUAAUCCACAAUGACCACACCAACCCCAAGAUGGCCUCCAUCGAGAGCUUCGUGCCCGAGCUGGAAAAAUUCAAGCCCAAGCUGCUGGUUGUGUCGGCGCUUCAGAUGAUGGACAACUUCCCAUUCGAAAAAGGCCAGAGAGAAAAGCAUGUCCGCGAGGUGCAGGCCCUGAUGAAACGAACUGACCGGGCGGUGCCGCUGCACUUCGAGAUGGCCUCUUACACGGACACGUCUUUGCUGCACGAGCUGGUGGAGCACGUGCUGCCGUACGCCGACUCACUAGGCAUGAACGAGCAGGAGCUGCCCAACCUGCUGAGCAUCCUCAAGUACGGCAACGUCUCGUAUGUCUCCGACUCGUACCCCAGGGUGGCCACCGUUCUCGAUGCCAUGCGAGAUGUCUACGAGCUUCUCAAAGCAAACGCUCCGAAGAAAGGCAGCACCAAUCCUGACGACGCAGGCCGAAGGCCGCUCACCCGCCUGCACAUUCACACUCUCGCCUUCCAGGCAAUCCUGGUCGCCAACGACUCGCCGUGGAAGAACUCGCUCGCCGCUGCGGCCAAAGCGGCGCUCACCGCCCACCGCUACACGUGUGGCUCGCACGACAUCGACACGACGCACGCGCGCGUCAUCAUGGACGAUUCGUUCACGACGAGCCGCGGCAAUGGAGGCCGCCGCAUACCCUUCAACAACAAGCGACCCGUAGCCUGCUGGCAGGAACGGGACUUCGAGAUCUGCGUAGCACCCGUGCUAGUGUGCACCAAGGUCCUCCACACCGGCGGAGGUGGAGAUAAUGUGUCGGCGGCCGGCAUCGUACUCCAAGUCUAGUACCUAGCUGCUCUGGGCCCAACUGUAAUCCGACAACUGAGCCAUAUUGCAAGUCGUUUCUCGGGUGUCUGUAAAGCAGCGUUGUACAGUCGCACACUUUCUUUUUUUUUUUAUUCACGAGGCAUUUCUGGAACUCUACUACCUGCAUAAAAGUAUUGGCCAUUGGUUCCUUCUUGAAUUUGAAUGAGUGACGGCUGAAGCUUUUAGAGGACUGUUUACAUGAUGUUUUCGAUGUUAUCGUAUAUUUGUGAAAAUGCUGGCUUGUAAGCUUUACUAUCAUGACAAGAAAGCUUGUUGAAUGUACUUUCAGUUCAGUUAUGUUUAGGGUACCUGGCAUUGUCUGCCAGCUCUGUUAAGAGCGUUGGGAUUGGCACAGUAGCAACACCGAUUGCAGCAGCUAAACACUGCAAAUCCAGCUACAGUGGGUCAUCUUUCUUCUCAAGGCCUUGAGAAACUUGUCUUCUAAAACCUCUGUUUUGAUCUUAUCUCAGCUUAAUGUCUGAUAUCUUCUUAAUUCCCCUUUUUUUCACGGAUUCCGUCUUGUGCUUUAAUAAGGUAAUAGAUUCCUGAUGAGUUUGUGGCAUAUUAUUUGGCUGACUUCAUUACUUUCUGUGUCUGAUAUUAGCUUGCUUGCUUCAGUUAAGUUUCAGCGACAAGGGUCUUAGAGUUGCUUUCGAAUACUCCUUCCAGGUGAACUGGACACUGCACUGAUAGUUUUAUUUGGAAUGAAAUGCUUGUUUUGGUGUGUGAGCUGGAUUCACCAAUUUUUGUGCAUGUGAGAAGCAGCUAUCGGGUUUAAUAGCUACGAAGUUAUCCAGAAACAAAAGUUCAUAAAUAUAUCUGGAAAUAAUUAUCAUAUUUUUCACCCAGACAAAUUUACGUUUAUACGUUUUUUUUAGUCCCCCCCCUGCCUUUUCUCAUAGUUCAUUUUGACACAUUUUUGAUAAAUUUUACCUUUAUCGACCAUGAGUGAAGCAUAUCUAAAGGAAAUGAUCGAUCAUCAGUUAGCGCUGCAAUGGUUCCUUAAUUACGUUUUUAUAGGCACUAAUUAACUUAGUGUCAGAAUGUUUGAAUUGCGCAUUCCUUCCGUUUUUUUUUUUUCCAGUACCAAUUUCAGUCUGCACACCAGAUGGUUAUUUAUCUAGCUGCCAACUAUCUACAAAAUUGAAUUAUAGUAAAUCACAGCUAGUCCACAUCCUAUUAGACUAAAUAAUGAUUGAGAUGCUAUGAAAGCCUGUUGGAGAGCAGGCCCAAGCUGAACUUGUAGCGAAACAAGCUCGUUUCCAUAGAACGAACACAGGUGCCUUUAAAACAAGACCGUUUAGUCUAGCUUGUCCUUCUAGAUGGUCAUGUGGUCUCGUAUCAUAUGAACAGCAGUUGGUUUAGCGAUGCAUUAAACUAGGACACUCAUUCAAUGUCGCUUAACGUGCAUGGUCCACAAAUUGAUACAUUUGUGCUGACAUACAUAGAAGCACUUGGCUACCCUUUCUUGUAGAAGAUCCUUGUCAUGCAAAAAAAUGUAAAAAAACAGCAUGGCAUUUCAGUGAGCCCAUGUUUACAAAUAUGGCGCUGUGGCCUUUGUGCACAUAUAGGUCUUUUGACAAUACGCUAGCCGGAUGUGGUGAACAUUUUUAUAAGUCUGUGUGCAGGUGUGUGUAUCUGCUCGCCCCCAUUUUUUUUCUUUUUUUUGUUCCUUCUUUUUCUUGUUUGUCUCAUUUUCUUGUCUCUCUAUUCCAUAUUUUGACUUUUCCUCCAUUUUCUCUCGCUUUUUUUUUCUUCUCUUCGGUUAUGGCAUUUGAGAGUGGCGUACCCGAUUUAAAAGGCAUAACCGCAAUCCAUCAUCAUCUUCAUGUAGCUCACACUAGGUCAUCCUAAGGUCAAGUUUUGGCAAAGUUCUGUAAGUUAAGUGCUAAAUAAUACCCAUGUCACACGGGUGCUUGGAAAGUUUGUGAACCAAUAGUCUACUCACUCAUUGGUGAAACACAAUCUGCUACACGGGGAGUUUUGAAGGUCAUUGAGAGCACCACGCAGUUCAUUUGAAAUUCGAUGGCCAUCGGAACGCCGAAAACAGAAGCAUAUUUUUCACGUUUCAUGUACAUGGAAAUCAAGUAGGCCGUUUUUCUCUGUUACGCACACGUUGACUGGUGAUGUACGCCAAUGAAGUGAGCUUAAACACUGUUCUAUACAUACAUAAAUCUCUAUUUAUGCAUCUCUUCUUUCACGAUGCCAUUGCAAAGGCCGGAAUUUCCACGAUAGCGAACAGUCGUUUGCCUUCCGGAAACGAGGACCAUUUCCUUUCACCCUUUUUUUUUUUUUGACUGUUACUUGGUAAAAGUAGUAGUGCCGUUCAUUUCAUGCGGUUCUUUGAAUUCGGGGUUUCAUGAUACGCUGGAUCAGGCUUGCUUGUGAAAUGCCACAGCUCUCUUGCUGGUCAUUUUUUUCCGAUGUGGCAUUUUUUUAAUCGCUUUUUCUGAUGCUGAGUGAGCGUGUUUUUGCUUGCGUGUGCUCAGAUGAAGAAGAGUUGCGUGUGUGUUUUUCAACAAUGCAUGCAUUUUUUGCGUGUUAAAGAAGACCAAGCGCUUGGGCGUUGAAUUCGACCCUUGCGUACGUUACUCAGCACGAGUUGCAUCAAUUGUAACAGCUUUUGAGCACUGGAUGGAGAAGUGAACCACAAUAAUGUAACCACUUUAUUUAAUAUGCAAAUUGCUAUAGAACAUAACAGGUUGUUUCAAUGAAGAAGCCUCAAUAGCCGCCCAUAGAAUGUCCGUGGUCGCCAGAAAGCUGUUGUCAAUAUGAACAGGCAUAGGCCUUUUAAAUUAGGCAGAUCUCAUCACUGGUCCACUCAAUAUAAAGAAUGCUAAAGUUAGUCGAAGAAAUGGCUACAAGGCAAUAAGAAAGAAGGAAAUAAGAAAAAAAAGGAAAAAUAUAAAAAUAUUGCAAAUAGAACGAGCAAAGGACACCAAGGAGAUACAAGAAACAAAUAGAGAGAAGGGAGACUACUCAGUUGCGCUAUUGCUUCAAGCCUGGCUCGACUAGUAUGAACCUGCCACAAUCUUUUUUCAGGAAUCCUAAAGAAGACAAUUAUGUAUACAGUAGACUCGAUAAUUCAAACUCUUAUAAUUCAUACUUUCGAUUUAUUCAAACAAAAUUAGAUUUUUCGCUUGGCCCUCUAUUCUUUCAAUGUAUUCAAAAGCCUUCCCAAUUGAAACUCCAUCUUGGGUUAAUUCAUACUUUUGGCAGUUCCAUACCUAGAAAACACGUGCUGCUUUCCCACGGCUGUUUAAAAAUUUGUGUGCUUAUAUAAUCCUAACAGUCUAAGAAUGAAAACUAAGCACCUGAGGCCUUCAAGAAAGAAGGCUUUGCUAGUAAACAAAUGUUUCAAGCUAAGUACACGCAUGGUAAACAGGUGAUUCUUUUCAAGAAUUAUAGAUAUCUUUGUGCUGAAAGCACAUACCUAUAGCAAUGAAGCAGUUGACAAUUCACGAUUUCUUUAAAAGGUCUGAUCAGUAGAAAAUGGGCAAUAAACUUGUGGACUUUGCACCUCUGCUUUCUGUUGACUGCGUGCAGUUAGGGACUUGAAAACGCCUGGAAAAUUUCUAAAUGUGAUAAAGUCAAUAUACCUAAUCAUAAUGUGUAGUGUCAUAUCACCCAGAGUCAUCUAUCUUGAGAGCUGAUAACUCAAACUCCUUUGUAAUUCAAACAAAUUCAGAGGUCCCUUUGAGUUCUAAUUAACGAGAACCGAAUGUAUAAGUUGCAAUUUUUUUAUGCAUUUGCCUAAUAGUACUUUUGUAUCGACUCUAGUUAUUUUCUUAUCUGCUAGUCUUGCAUUGCCCUUUUUUUUUGUCCUUAGUAUUAUCAAUGCAGUGAGACUCAAAUCUAAACAGAUCUUUCUCAUUACACAGUGGAACAAACUGCACAGUCAAGCGAACAGCUGCAAGUCAGUUUUGACUUCCAGCUUGCUUGCUACUCUCGGACGUUAUUCGCUGUAAAACUUUAUUGACUUGUGCUAAUUUCGCUCGCUGUUUGCUGGUGAUUUAAUUUAAAGUUGCCAUGCCAACAGCUUGUAAAAUUUGCUCCAGUUGUCAUUAUAAAAAAACGUAAAUUUCAUAAAGUGCUAAAAAAACGUAGACCUUCUUGCACAUGAAAACUAUUGCUAAAAAUCUCUAAACCAAUUUUGAUUGCAUUUGGCUUGGUUAGUUACCAUGAUAAUUGGGUAUUUCGUGAAACCGUACGACCAACACAGCCAUGUACUAAGCAAAUGUUUCAUUAGUACUAAUGGACGAGCUAUCACCUAAUCAUAAAUGCAUCUGUAUACAAGAUAAAUCAUGAAAUGUAAUUCAUAAACAUUUGUUACAUUUUACAAUGUUACAAUUCGUAAACAUUUGUGAUUGUUAAUUCAGAACGUGGCCUAUGAAAACUGUUUAAUGGAAUGUGUGGGGUCCUGUGCAGUGAAUUUUGCCCUCUUUUUAUUUCAGUUUUACUACUGUAUGCUUGCCAAGGGUUGAUCUUGUAUUUUCUUAUGUACCGUAAUCAUUUUAAGUAUUGUUUUUAAGUGGUUCACUUCUUGAAUAUGAAGGUUUUUCAAGUAGGUGCGAGUGUUGUAGGAAGCAGUGAAUGAUGUCAUCCAUGAUAAAAAAGAAAUUUAGUACAGUUAAACUGCAAUAUUGCAUUGGUAUGAUAUCAUAUGUGGUAAUGUUAAAGUAGAGAAGCAUAACUGUUGUUUGCCAAUAUCGUAACGUUGUUGAAAAUUUGCUUAUAAUGAAGAUGGGGUAUUGCAGUGGUUUUUUUGUGUUGCAUGAAAGGUUGUUGUGUUCCUGUUGUUCCAGAGUGCAAGUACUAAGUGUUUUAGUGGAGUUCUAUUCAUCGUAGCGGCUGUAAACCGUUCUCUGAACGGUUUACAGCCGUUCUGAUACUUAUAAUCUGCUUAAUGAUCAUCUUUGUUUUGUACGAUCUUAGGGCAUUUUUCAUUGGCAUUUGUUUGUGCACCUCCAACAUAUCAUAGCUAAAUUAUGUUCGUUCUUCAAGUUAUUUAUGGGAAGGCCCCUUGUUGCUCCCAGAAAUAUUCGUGACAAUAAACUGUACUAGUUUAAAAACUACAGUUUAACAGACUAUACAGGAUACAACGUACUAGGUGAUCGUGUAAGCAUGUAUGAAAUGUUGAGUCAAGGUAAACUUGUCCGUGGCUUAUCUUGACUAGGCCCGAUUGCGCAAGCGACAACUUGUUCACGCGGUUAUACUCGUUUACCCUCGUAACCGAAGCACAGUAUGCCAACCUAACAAUGUGGCUAGUCGAAUGGUCCGUACUGCAUCCACUACCUGUUGUCGUUUUCUCAGAGGUAGACAGGUGAGCCGACGAAAGCAUGUGCUGUAGGCUCGUUCACAACUCCAACGCCACUACUGAAUUUGGCGCGUCUUUUCGUGGGGUAUCCGGUCGUCACUUCUAGGCUGUGAGGAGGCAUUCUGCGAAACUUGCUUUACUAGGCCAGUGAAGCUUUCACUUUAGAAAUGCUUCUCGGGAGAAUGUUCUUAUCUUGACAAGGACCUGUAGUGUUCUGGAACUUUCGUUUUGAAUGAGACAUAAGAAAGGUUAGGCGCAUGGUUGCAUAGGUGGAUCCAGCCACUCAUUUUAGAGGGGGCGAUCGCUUUAACUAACACCGGGAAGGGGUGUGGGGUCAUUACUGCAUUCUUUAUACUAGCUUAAAAACCCUUAAGAUAGCUUAAAUACUGUUACUCUGUCCUCACAGUGGUCCCACUCAUUAGUCCUAAUCGGUGAUAGGAGGUGGGCAGCAAGGACUGGAGGGGAAGGGAGGUCGGGACACAGGCUUUACAGGUGGUGAUUGCCCCUACCAACCCCCUCCCCUUCUCAAUCUGGCUUAUUGUUGCACUACAUGGUGUUGGACUUCAAGCUCCCAGAAUGUGAGAUAGAGAAUUUUCAGUUGUGGGGAUUGGCAUUUUUUUCCCUCAAUUUCGGUGUUAGUGCUGUGCUCUGCUGAUGUAAUAUUAAGUACUGAAAAUUGUUGAGCAGAAUGUUAUCAACCCUUCAUGGUUAGUUCCAUCCUAUGUGUAUCUAUGUGUGGAUGCAGUGUGUUGCAAUGUGUGUCAAUUUUAAUGGGGGAGGUAUCUUUUCACAAUUUCACUGUUAUGAUGAACCGAGAAGCAGCUUUAGCGCUUCUGAAGUGCUUUUUUUUUUUGUGACAUUGGGAAAAGCCUCACAAUCCCAGUUACCCUUAUUAUACAUAUGUAACUGAGUUGUGCCAGAUGUGGAUAACACGCUGAUGUGUGGGGACCAUAGAAAUUUUCAGUAGUUACUGCUUGUUUUAUUCGCGAUUUACUCGCAGGGCCCAAAUAUCUUGUUUCCUCAAGAUUUCGAAAUGUGAUAGAUGUCCGGAGUCCUGGUUUGUAUAUUUUCCUUUAUUGGGAUAGUGAAGAAGUUUCUCGGUGCCAUACUGUGGAAUAUUGCAUAUUGUGGGCCGAAAGCUGCGACCAAAGGGACACACGAUUUCAGAGCGUUGAACCGUGUUUCCUUUUGAUAUCCUUUUUGUACGAAAAAAGGGCAAGUUUAAAUAAAAUGGCCUUUAGAGCCGCUCUAUUCAUAUG